CGUUCGCAGCACAUCAUGGGASACCGAAGAGAUACCCAGGAAGUCAAAGCAAAGAAAACGCGAGCAUGAAGACCUUCGUUCGCAGUUGUUGCUUUACAGCUGCYAGCUUUUGCUGUGCCUUUCCCAUUGCUUCUCACGCUUGGACUCUCAUUCAACCGGACGGCGGCAAAAACUCGCCGACAAAACUCAGUUCCACUUCUGGACGAGGUUGUGACCUCCCGAGCCGACGCGAUGUGCUAGCAAACACUAUCGCCUCGGUGGCAGUGGCUGGGUGCAUCGGAGGUGUUCCCAGCGCCACCGCCAUAGAAWCGCUCGUAAGCGARAAGGAACAAUACACCCUAAAAUUUCCAACACUGUUUGCUCCCCUCUAUGGAGAAGCAUCGAGGAAAACCAUCAAGCGAUCCCUCGGACGGACCAGUGGUGCCGAUUCGAACGACACCGACGACAUCUGGGCUCUCGAGCAAAACCUGGAGCUGGGCCCCCUGCAAACACCCCUGAGGUGCACGGUGGUUCGGCUGAAGGACGGCACCCUGUGGGUCCACGCCCCCCUGGCUCCGACGCCAGAGUUCUUCGAGCUGGUCGAAUCCUGCGGGAAAAAGGUGGCGCACGUGGUAGUGCCGUCCUACGCACUGGAGCACAAGGUCUUUGYGAAGGACUGCAUGGCGCGGUGGCCCRAUGCCGACCUCUGGACGUCUCCGGAACAGUUUUCCUUCCCCUUUGCCGCAUCGGAACCAUACAUCUUUGGCAAGGCCGUGGCGGGGGUGCUGGGGAAGAACGGAGGAGCGACACCCCCAUGGAGCGACGAGAUCGACUACGCUACUCUGGAAGGAGGGACCUUCCGCAUCGGGGGAAAACCUACCACGCUCUGCGAGACGGCCUUUUUCCACAGGGCCAGCAGGUCACUGAUCGUAACGGACGYGGUGGCCCGGAUACCGACGACGGUCCCGGCCCUGAACAACCCGGAACAGCUCCUGCUGAUCUCCAAGAGAUCCACKGACGAUCCCAUGCCGGAAGACACGCCCGAGGCGAGACUCGCGGGCUGGAAAAAGACGGCCCUKCUGGUGUCCUACUUUUUCCCGGAGCACGAGGAACUCGAUCCGACCAAGGCCGGCGUCGUCGUGUGGACAGAGGGCUGGGAGGACAACUUCGACGCCCUCGCAGGCCGCCUAGUGGUCCCACCYGUGGUUCGCACACUGAUCUAUUCCCAGAACCCUGCGCGGGUGAGGGAAUGGGUGGAAACGAUUGUUCGGGACAAGAAAUGGGACUUUGACCGGAUCGUUCCCGCGCACUUCGAGGCGCCGGUUCCGGCAACCCCCCCCGACCUCGAGCGGGCCUUUCGGUUCCUGGAGGACCCGGGCGCCGACGCCUUUCCGGAAARCGACCUGGCGCGGGGCCUGAAACCGAUCGCCGGCCUUGCCCUGCGCCUGUGACGCGCCCGCGAAACGGUGGGGUGCCGCCUUGGAAGAGGCGUGCCACGGGAUGCGAUCCGGUGCCGUGCGACGACGACGACGACGACGCCCGCCCCCUUCGCACUCACACUCACAACACA